AUGCAUUUGUUGCUUCUGUUCUCAGUGGUGUUCGCCUUCUCGGCCCCAAGAUGUAUAAGCGCGAAAUCUGGGACGGAAAAGGAAGCUGUCCAUGAAAAAAGCGCUACUUCUGGCAUGUUCUUUUCGCCAUACAUGGACAAUAAAGACAAUAUUUCCAAAGCGGUCAAUAGGAGCAAAGUGGAUAUCUUCAAGACAAUUGCGGACGUAGAUGCUUAUUCUGGAUACAUUUCAUUGUCGAAGGAAAGCCACCUCUUUUUUCUGCUUACAAAAGCACCUAAGGAUAUAAGGGAUAGCGCCCCUCUGCUGCUCUGGCUGUCCGGUGGACCCGGGAAAUCUUCCAUGUGGUCUCAGUACCUAGAGAACGGGCCGGUUGGAAUCAACGUGACGGGAGGUCUCUUCAAGAGGAGCGAAACCCUUCAAGAGUAUGCAAGUGUCAUCUACCUGGAUCAGCCAGCAGGAGCUGGACUCAGCAUAAUCCAAAAUUAUACCGAUUCUCAAUAUUAUGCUCAUACAUUGGAGGAUAUGUCUGAAAUAAUAGAAAAAUUUAUGAAACAAUUCCUUAUACUUUUUCCGGAGUACAUAGGCCGCUCCUUUUACAUCGCAGGCGACUCAUACGGAGCCAGAGCAGCACUGGGAUUUGGGGAAAGAUUAAGGUGCACCCUCCCUGAGAACAGGAUAAAUUUAUCACUAAAUGGAUUAAUAUUUGGAUCUGGAUUCCUAGCUCCAGUUGUAGACCUAAUGGAUUCCACCGAGUUCCUGUACCAAACUGGCCUGCUUGAUGACACUGGCCGAAGAAUAUUCAACAAAACGUUCGUAAAGAUUAGGGAAUUAUCAAAGAAGAACACUACCUUGGCACUCUAUCUUCUAAGCACCACGGUUCUUAAUUUGAAAAGUGGCGGCGAGAAAAGCCUCUUUCAGAAUCUGACAGGAUUCACGGCCCAAGGAAGCGCACUCUAUUCUAUCAUGCCACCUGAGGUUGAGGCAUACGUCAACUACACUAGUACAAGCGAAUUCAAACAAUCACUACACGUUCCACUUUUCUUCAAAAUUAACUCACUGAGACCAAUGGUUGCAUUAAUGUUAUCUGGAGAUUUCUUUACCGAUAUCCAAGAGAAGUUUCAAAGCGCCCUCGACUAUCAAAAUAUUCUUCUCUAUACGGGGCAUCUUGACACGCUCUUUCCAUCCACGAAUUUUCGCAAACACUUUUCAACUCUCCAAUGGACCAAGAAGGAAGCAUUUGAAAAGGCUGGACGAAACACGUGGAGCACAUGCGGAGAUUCCCAUGGGGCGGCAGGCUAUAUAGAGUCAAUAACUAAUUUCUCAUACGCCGUCGUCCUCAAAGCAGGUCAUCACACAACACUCGAUGAGCCGGGUUCCGUUUACCACCUCACGUCGAGCUUUAUCAAGGGUGGAAACUUCAAUAACAAUUUAAAAUGUACCUCAAAUUAGCUUAACAAAAGCCAAAAACAUUUUGAAGGCCAAAAAAAUUGUGCACGU